CUUCUGCUUACCUUUUAUUCAAAAUGAAUACUGAUUCUAUCCCUCUCACUCCCACCAUGGUCUCCACUGGCUAUCCUGCUACACAAGAUAUCAUGUCUACUUCAGCCAAAAACAGUCCUGACUCUGAUCAGAUCCAACAGCAGAAAGAGUCAUCCUUCUCUUCAAUGUUGAGGUUGAGUGGUGGUGGUUGUAUUAAGGGCUGCUUGGAAGCAAUUUGUUGCUGUUGUGCACUCGAUGCUAUUUGUUGGUGCGAACUUGAUGAGAUUUGCUGCUAAAUUGGAUACGGCUUACAAUAGUUGGCAUCUCUUAGUUUAUACAUAUUACUUAAUACCUUACUCUACAUUCAAUAAAUUUUAAUUCCCAAAUU